AGGGGCGGGGAGGCGGAGGAGGAAUGCAGAAGCUCCAUCCACUGUUCACAACUGAAGCAUUUGCGCAGAAAAGUCUGCGAUGCCAGGAGCACACGUCCAGUCCCUCAGCUCUGGAAGUUUGCUGUAAUUGUUUCCUUUCGUCAUCUGCGGUUUUGUGCUGCUCCCUCCGCACACACACGGGCCUGCAGAAAGCAGCAGAGCAACAGCCAUCCGGUCUUCUCGCGACAGCAGCAGCAUCAGGGAUCUAUCAUGGUGAUCAAAGUGUACAUUGCAACGUCCUCUGGAUCCACCUCGAUUAAAAAGCAGCAGCAGGAUGUGAUGGGCUUCCUGGCGGCCAAUAAGAUUGAGUUUGAGGAGUGUGACAUCGCGGCCAACGAAUCCAACAGGAAGUGGAUGAGAGAGAAUAUCCCAGAGGAGAGCAGACCUACCACGGGGAACCCUCUCCCCCCUCAGAUAUUCAAUGAAACCACAUAUUGUGGGAACUACGAGGCCUUUUUUGAUGCCAGAGAAGAUAAUGCUGUUUAUGCAUUUCUGGGUUUGACUGCUCCUCCGGGGUCAAAGGAAGCCGAGGCUCUAGCAAAGAAAUCACAGCAGUAGCAUCUUUACGCCGUUCCUAACUUGAACCUCAGGCCUUCCCCAGACCCCCACCUGGACCUACUGACCAGAACAGAACCAGAAACUAAGAAGAAUCGACUCCUUUCUCAGCUUAUGAAUAAAUCCACUGUUUUGACUUGUUAACUCAAUAUGUUUGUUAUAUCUGAUCUUGAGAUGUGCCUUUGCAGCUGCGGUGAAAGGAGGCGCAGUUUGGAGAAUUUAACCUCAGCCUAUUGGCCUUCUGACAUGUCAGCCACUCAUCAUCACGAACGUGUAGCUACUGCAAAACUAGGCAGUAACAGAAGUCACUCUAAUCGUUUCCACAUUGUGAGGUUUAAAAGUCCUGGGAACACCAAAUGAAACUUUUUGGAGAAUUUAUCAUCUAUUAUAAUGUCCUUUUGUUUACCUAACCGAGUCUUAAUGCGUUUUAUUAUUAUUUUUGUUUCUAAGCGGUCAAAUGUUUCGGAUGUUGGUGACACGUGCCCAAACGGCCAAACGAGGGAUUGGAUUUUUUUGUAAUAGUUUGAAUUUUGAAGAAGUUGCAGUUGGAAUCUUGAUUCCCAUUUUGUUGUGAAUGUCUGUACAGAGUCCUCUCUGAAAUAAACAAAAACAAAACAAGCCUCA